UUUGUCAAUGGCGGAUAGUGAAAUUAACUGCCGGGGGAUAGCAACUGUAACCCGGGAAAAGACAACGCGAAAGGCGGGUUUCUAAUAAUUUAUAGAAGCCUAAAUAGAAAUUCUACAAACCUGACGUAUUGAUAGCAGGGGACAGAUCUUUGGGAAUAAGUUAACUGGUUCAUGCUAACUAGCGAAGCUACUGUUGUUAGCUGGCCAAAACCCGUCAGUUACGUUAGGACAACGGAGACAGUGUUGUAGCUAGCUAACGUUUAUUCGCUAGCAGCGGCCUGGGUUCAGGUUUUGGAGAAGUUCGAUUUUCUGACCAUUGUCAUCAAGACGUUUUCAUUACCAUGGACAUCUAAAUUCGAGCAUCACCAUACCGCCAAAGGUGAAAGGGAGCGAUGCGGAGCUCCAAGUGGAAUGAGCCGCCCGUGACGGGCCCCUCGCAGCCCGCUGGGCAGGACAACGGGAGAGAGCUGUCAGCUGCCUGGAAAAGUCUGAAUCAGACCAAAGCUGCUUUGCGGCACAUCGAGAACCGCCUGGAGGCGGCCCCUGGCUCUGGGGUUCUGCUGGAGUCGGUCAUGGAUACAAAGAAAAGCUCCGGGGGUGCCACCAGGAAAGUCAGCCGCAGAGAUGGACGUCGCAUGGAGGACUGCUCUCAGGCGGGCGGGACCUCCAAGUCCAGAACCAGGAGUCGUCGAAGCCCAGACAAGAGCUCCCGUAGUCCCCUGAGGAACACUACACAGGAAAGCAAUGUUCGCAGGAGCAACUGCGUAGAGUUCAAGGAGCCUCUGGUUUCCUACAGAGAAGCUACUCCACCACCCCUAACCUCCUCCCAGCUGGAGGGCCACAGUCUGCAGUCGGAGGUCGCCCUCCUUCCCCUUAGCUCUGACCUCAGCCAGCUUGUCUACCGGAGAGACACACGAGACAAGCAGACCAGUGGAGACCUGGAUACCACGCAUUCAUCUGCUCUGGACAGCACUGUGUUGCGCUACCUCAACGACCGUCCCGCACUGGAUGCUCUGCGCUCCCCGGAGCGCGCUGCUACAGCAGUCAUGGGCCCCUACAGGGAGGAGGCCCCAGAGGACAGGGCCAAAGCCCACACCCCGGAGGGCCUGGUGGGGACCUCUGUGUCCUCUAGUCCCGGCUCCGCCUCCCAACGACUGGAGAAUCUGAGGCGGAGGCAGCCUGACGACAAGCUGGAGAAGCUGAAGGAGAGGAUCCGCCGGCAGAGAGAGCACCUGGCAGAAGCCACAGAGCGGGACAGUCUUCUGGGUUACCUGGAGCGGCCAGUGGGUUUUGCCGGAUCCACGGACACCACCGCCACAUCCGCUGCCAAAGUACGCAAAGUUGCAGCCGCACCUCCGGCCCCUGUAUACCAAGGUUUCAACAGCACAGAGACAAAGAUCCGUACUCCGGAUGGAAAAGUGUGGCGGGAGAAAGAGUACCAGAACCUUAGCAGAGAGAUCUACCGAGACCUGUCGCACCAGUUUUCAGAGAGCGCCAAGCCCAAACAGCAGCCCCAAGAGAAGGCCAAGGAGAGGAAGCCUUCCAAGCCUGUGAGGAAGGUCCAUAAAUCAGUUUCAGUCCCCAACGCUGAGACCAAGCCAGUAAUCAGCACCACAUCGUGGCGUGAAGGCCAGAAGCUGGUGAAGAUGGUCCUGGGUCCCCCUCUCCGUCUGCCUCGAGAUCAAAAGCCGGAGGUCGCUGACAGGCAGGCUACAAUAGGAUCCCACCCUCGAUCAAAUUCCUACCCCCGUCCAGACCUGAACCGUCGGUCCAGACCCAGCAGCUCUGAAAGAUCCCAUAGUCGGGACAGGAUUACCCCUGUCCCAAAGUCUGGAGGCCCAGCUGAAAACCGGGCCCUCAGCACAGACCUGCUCUCUGCAGACAUCCGUGGCAUCCUUGACGAUCUGCAGCUGGAGCGCAGAGCCGGGGGACAAGGUCCAGUGGAACCCCGGACGGGCUCGGACACUCGGGUCAGAACCACAGCGUGGAUGGCCGGUGGCUCAUCCUUACGCGGGUCCCGUAGUGCCAGCCCUGCCAAACGCAACAAGAGCGAGCCCUCUGAACCAGGGGCAAAGAAGAGGCACUACGAUGCCGACUCGGUUCGCCAGUACAUCGCCCGGCAACAGGAGGAGCGUAAGAGACGUCAGCUGGAGGAGAGGAAGGCCCAGAAGGAGGAGGCGGAGAGGAGAAGUCAACGUCUUCAGGAGCUGUACAGGAAGCAGAGAGAAGGGGUAGCUAAUAAAGGCCAGGCAGUGGUCCCGGGGGUGGUUCCGGAGGGCCCGGCCCAGAAACGACUGCAGGAGACUUACACUAAACUGUUACUGGAGCAUGCUGAGUUAGGGGAGGAGCCUCCACAGGCACAGCCAACCACUUCCGCUGUCAUUUACCAGCAGAGGCCUCUGUACCAGCCGUCUGGUGAGUCGGACAAGGAGAACCGCAGACAGGAGAGACCCCAGAGUGCCUCCUCCAGCAGUGACCUGUCUCUGUCAGAGCCUCAGCCCCCACCACUGUCCAGGAAUGAGCUGGGUCUGGGUGUUCCAUCAUGGCUUCAGCCAGACCAUCUGAGUCGGAUAGUCAGGCCCCCAUGCCCACAGUCUCCCCCUGCAGACCAGCUCUUCUCCCAGCUCCUGGACCUGAAGAAGGCAGCCGUCCGUCAAACCAGGCCCCAGCCCUGCACUCUCACCGGAACGGCCAACGCAUCCAAGAAGAACCGCAUCGAGGCCCUGAAAGCCACAGCUGCCUCCCUGUCCACCCGGAUAGAGAGCGAAGCGCGGAAACUUGCUGGCGCCGGGAUCAACUACGGCUGCACGGGUGCCGCGGAUGUGACCGCUCGGACUCAGCCUCAAGACGAUGGCCGAUGGGCCGACCCGGUCAGCCCGCCGGUCAGAGACGAGGCCGACACAGGCGACCAGCUGUCCCUGAGGAUCCAGAGGCUGUUGAGUGCGGCACAGAGUACGUAUGACGGAGCUCUCCCUGGGGUGGGCAACCUGCAGGGCUUCCAAGAACAGAGACAAAGGACCACCGCUCCGGGCGACAGGCCUCCAACAGCCCCCGGCCUCAGCGCCCCUAAGCAGCCGGAGGCGGGGAAGACCAACACCCACAACUCCAGCUGUGACUCCAUCAGUGAGGGCCCACUGCUGAGCGAAUGCAGCUUGUCUGAGGGUGACGUAAGUCCCGGCACCAACACAAAGGCGGUCCCCAACCCGGCUGAGUGCCUCGGGGCUCUGGACUUCUGCGCAGGCCAGCGGGAGAGUUUCCAGCCCAUCUCUCACUUCAGGAGAGAGGCAGAGAAGUACCCGGCCCUUAGUCCCAUCGCUCAGGCCCAGGACAGCAGCCAAGGCCCCUGGGAGGAGCUGGCAAAGGGGAGCCCGCAUAGCGUCAUCAACAUCUUCACCAAGAACCACCUGUACAGCCACGCCAAUGUUGGCGCAGAGGAGCGAGGAGACAGGAACUCCCCUUCAGCACGGAACGGAAUCUCUGCAGCCAGCGCUGCGGACGGGGCAGCACUUUAUGAGGACGAUUUUGUGUCGUUGCGUAGCAGCGGUAGUAACCAGUCAAAGAGAGGACACAACGGCCGUGGCGGUAUUGCCAGUGGGAACAGCCACUAUGAAGAGCUGAUAAGCCGCCGGUCACCAUUCGCAGACCUGCCUUCCGUCCAGUCUUCAGGCUCCACUCCACAGUCUUCACCUAACUCGAGAAGCUCUGUUAAGAGAGGUGGUUCGUCAGACAAGAGUGAUGCCACGCUAUUGGAGGAGCAGAGGAGCCCCUGCUCUCUGGGGUCGGAGGCCCCUUCUAGAGACUCCAGACGAUGUGGUUCAGCCUCUGAAAGCUCAAUUCACAGCCUAGUGAAGAACACCUUCUCUGACUGUACACUAGGGGGUGCCUCCGGGCACUCACUCCACAGUUUGGGUUUGGACAGUAAGAAGUCCCCCAGAAGUCUGUCUCCAGCUGGCUCUCCUCCAGGGUCAGGUUCUCCUCGCGUUUCUCCGGGCAGCACCUCCCUAGCCGGGGCUGACAGCCCAGGUCAGGGGUCCGGCUCCCCCCAAUCGUCAGCCCGGCCCGGCUCCUCCUCUUCCCUGUCGUCUGCCGCCAGGGGAAAAUCUCCGGCCAACAGUGGCAGAACAGAGCCCAAAGCUGCAGGCGAUCUCCACUACACCCCUGGGGUUCUGCAGCAACGGAUGUCUGCCGAGCUCAACUACCUUGAGUCCAUAGAGGAGUCUGUGCGCCAGCUGGGUGACGUGGAACGACUAAGGGGUGUGUCUCUGGCCCAGCAGGAGAGCGUCUCGCUCGCCCAGAUACUCAAGGCGCAACAGCAGCGGCAUGAGCGUGACCUUUACGAGCUGAAGGUUAAGGCCGAGGUGGAGGCACUGGAAACCCAACGGCAACUGGAGGAGACUCGUCAGAAAGCAGCCAGGGCUCACAUUGAGCUACAGGAGAACAUGGCCCAGACACAGCAGCAGUCUCUGGAAGGCGUGCAGGACGCUGCCAUAAAGAUGAUCAACCAGCAGGCUGAGUCUGUACGCUACACAGCCGAAGCCGCCCGGCAAAUCAAAGAGAUGACGGAGCUUGCCCGCUCUCAGAUUGCCGGAGCCAUUGGACUCCCUGCCGCCGCCCCCAUCACCCCCCUGUUGGACCAGCAGAGGCAGCACCACCAAAGCUUCAUGAAGCAGCUCCAGCCCUGCGCCGACGCCGACGUCUCCAGGAGCGAGGUCCGGGCCAGGACCGAGGAUCCCCCAUCGUCCCUGGACAGCCGCUCUGGUUCCAUCCCCUCCCGGAGACCCACCCUCAGUGGUGGGGAGAGCAGCAGCCACCUGAGUCCCUCCUUGGCCUCAUCGGAUCAGAGAGGGUGGAGGAAGGCGGAGGCAGGGAGCAGUGCUGCGGAGGAGGAGGCACAUACGGCCAUCGACGAGUCCCUCCCCAGUGACAGUGCACAGUCCCUUCUGGAUGACAAAGACACCACCUCCAUCGCCACGGAGUACUCGCUGAAGUUUGACGAGUCUAUGACCGAGGAUGAGAUAGAGGAGCGCUCGUUCCGCUCUCUGCUGCCCUCGGAGUCUCACAGGCGAGGGGCGACGGAGAGGAAGAGGGAUGCCCACGAGGAGUCAGAAGAAGAUCCCAGUCAAGAGAGAACUUCUGUCCCGGAAAUCUCCAAGCAGCCCCAGACAGAUGGCAGCAUGGUCUUCUCCAGCGGGCAGGACAGCUUCUCUCGGUUCACUAUGGACAUGGUGCGCCAGUACAUGAAAGAGGAGGAGGUGCGCGCCCACCACCAGAGCUCCCUGCUCCGCCUGCGCCAGAAGGCCCUGAAGGAGAAGACCAAAGCAGAGCUGGCCUGGCUGGAGCACCAGAAGAGGCGCCUCCGAGACAAGGGCGAGGAUGACAAGAUGCCACCCAUCCGAAAGAAGCAGAGAGGCCUGCUACUCAAAUUGCAACAGGAGCAGGCGGAAAUCAAACGUCUGCAGGAGGCCAACAAGGCCGCCAGGAAGGAGAGACAGCUACUCCUCAAACAGCAAGAGGACAUUGAGAGAAUGAGACACACCACCCUCAAACUGAAGGAGCGCCUCAAGUAUGCCGGCGACACCCCACCGGAGACGUCCGUGUCAGAGCUGGUAGAUGGGGCGUCCUCUCCCAGCGUUGCCAUGACCGAAGGGGACAUGCGCAGCACUUCUCCCCUCUCUGUGUCUGGCAGUGAGACGAGCAGCAUCAUGCAGAAGCUCAAGAAGAUGCGCUCUCACAUGGACGAGAAACACUGCUCUCCUGUCCUCUACUUCUUCUCUGUGUUCACGGCUCACCACUGGGCCUCUCUCAGUGUCUGUUUUCCCAACCUCCAUCCCAAAUUCCAGCUGUUUAUCUACAACCAGUUGGUCAGGUUCCUGACUAAGCGGGAGCAGGGCCUUAUGCAGAGGAGGAGGCACGCCGAGGAGCUGCUGCAGUGGAAGCAGAGGCUGGAUGCAGAGGAGGCGGAGGUCCGGCGCAUGGAGAAGCAGGCCCUGGCCGCCUGGGACCGUGAGCGGCCCAGAAACCAGCCUCCAGAACACAGAGACGGCUCUGGCCAGCUCAGCCCUCCGCCUCAGACCGACACAGACUCUGUGAGCGAGGCCAAGUACUCCCCCGUGGUGACGGGCUCCAGCGUGCACACAGAGCUGUCUGGGUCCCAGCGUCCUGACAGCCCCCCCACAGGUCAGCCAGGCGCCAUCUCCGAGCUGCCCUCAAGCCAGCACAGCCCUACCAUAUACUCCCAGGACUUUGACUCCCCCUCCGGAGGCAAGACGUCUCCUUCACCAAAAGCCAGCCUCAGCACUAAUGCACACCCAGAGGGCAGCAGCAGCAGCAGCAAGAUGCAGCUCCGCUCCUCCUCCAGGACUACCAGCCACGACCCCAAGGCCACAGACACCACUCCAGCCACGCACACAGAGCCCAUGUCGGAUCAGAGCGACAUAGAGAGCCGUAUUCGUGCUCUCAAAGAGGAGCUGCGUAAACGCAAAACUGUGGUGUACCAACUGAAGAAGGAGCAGAAGAAGAGACAUAAAGAGCGUCUGAAAGCCCAGGAGGCCAGCCUGCUGAAGCAGCUAGAGUCCUACAAUGACUUCAUCGAGAAGACUAAGACUGAGUUGAAUAAAGAACCGGACUUGACACCUUUGACCAAACCUCAGAUCAAAACCCCCACUUCAGCCUGCGAGAAACCCAAGAUUAAACCCUUGCUUCCUUACAGGCCCGAAACAAGCAAAGAUCUUAAUGUUGUCUCUGACUCUGAGAAAGCUGAGAAGACCCUUCCAGAUUCUCCAGUUGAACAAGCUGAGCUCACACCAUCUGGCCUCAGUAAAAAUAUUUCUGGGCACGAGGACUCCUCAGACGAUGACCCCCCUACAGUCACCCAAACCCCAAUGAAUAGGAGUCCAGAGCACAGCAACGGUCUGAGUGGCCUGCUGUCCCCAGACAUCCUCCCCAGCCUGCCCUCUGUUGGGGGGCUUCCCCUGAUGGAGCCAGCCAGGCUACAGGCUACCGGCAGUGGGGAUGAGAGUGUUGUCUUGGAGGAGCUGGACUCUAUGAAGUCUGAAGGAUCUGAGCAUUCUCACUCCAGCCCUGAAGACCAUCUACUUGAAUGGGGGCCAGCUUCCCAGCAGUGCCAGUCUCUCUCAGAGCCUGCCUCCUCAAAGAAUGGAAAACAAAGACUUUCCCCAACAAGCAGCCUCGAUGAUGAGGAGAAAUCUUUUAAGUCUCGGUCCCCCGUCAAAGAGCAACCCUACACCCCAGAAGCUGAAGUCAUACCAUCUAAGAAGGACAUUUUAGCAGAGGGGGAGGAGACAUCUCCUGCUCCUUCAGCUGAUGGUUAUCUUGAAGACUUUGAAUCAUCAGUGGAUUUGUCACUUGGGGAGGAUAACCAAGGCUCCAAACCUACCUCACCAUCCUACCAAGACACCGUGGACGUUUCACACAGUGCUGAAGAGGAAAUCGUUGAGGAACUGAGUGAAAGAUCUGUAGUCACUAGUGGCAGCCCUCACUCGGAACAAAUUCUGGACCUGAAAAGACAGGAGCCGAUUGUUUCCCAGGAAAAUGUCAUUAGUUCAACCCACUACCCAACAAUCUCUCCUUUCCAGACUGUACCUUCACCAGCUCUUGAUGAAAUGCCUAACUUUACCAUUGGAGACAGGGUUUUAGUGAGCAAUGUCCAGCCCGGUACACUUAGAUUCAAGGGCCACACCAGCUUUGCCAAUGGCUUCUGGGCUGGAGUAGAGCUAGACAAGUCAGAGGGAAGCAAUAAUGGCACAUACGAUGAUGUGGUCUACUUUGAAUGUCCAGAGGGUCAUGGCAUCUUUGCUCCUCCAGACAAGAUCUCCCAUCUGCCAGAGAGGUUUGAGAUCUAUGUGGACACCACAGAGGAUGAGGACUCUUUUCUUGAUGACCAGUCUGACAAUGAGCUGAAGAAACCUGAUUUUGAGAAGGAGAUGCAUGAGGAGGAGACAAAUCUGGGAAAUAACAGACCGGUAACAUCUCACAUGAGUUCUGGAGGAAACAAACCUGCAGAUUUGAGCGAUGGUCCUGCUGAACGCCCAAAAAACCUGACCAAUUCACACGAGGUCAAACAGGCUGAUUAUCCAAUCUCCAAUGGUAGAACAAAGACCAUCAUCCUGGACCUUGAAGACGUACCUACCAGUCUCUUCAUCACAGAUAUACAGGGCAAGAUUGCCUUGGGGAGGCAAACUCUGGAUGAAACCACUACCCUCAUUGAGAGGACAAGCCUUGAUGUCCAUCGGAAGUCUACCUCAGAGCAAACCGAUUUAGAGAGAGAUGCCCUCAGUUCUUUUGCCGAUAAGCUCCUCAACACCUUCAUGAAAGAUGCUGUGAAGCAGUUCACACAGAUCAGAAAGGCCAAAGAAGCAAAGGUAGCGGCUGCUAAUCAAAUGAAAGUGGACCUUUUCAAUGGAGAAGAGGGCAGGCAGACUCUCUCCCAAUCUCUGUCUGUAGAACAAGGAGAUGGUCUGCCGUUCUUCCUAGAGUCAGAGCCUGAUGAGCAACUCUCAUCCCCAGAACUUUGCAACCGACCGGAGAGUCCAGUGUUAGGAGCCAGUGGUCAAGAGGAGUUGGCCAAGCGUCUAGCCGAGCUGGAGCUGAGCCGUGAGCUUCUUGAUGAACUGGGGGAUGAGCAGGACUGGUUUGAUGAAGACUAUGGCCUGAGCUCUCGUAGAGAACUGCAGAAACAAAAACAGAGGCAGCAGGAGGAGGAAGAGGAUCUGUCUACUGGCUCAAUUGCAAUGGGAGACCAGGCGAAGACCCCACCCAGACCCGAGCUGCCUCUGCAGCCCAAGCUUCCUGAACAGCCUGCCAUGGUUGUGCCCCACUCGGCCCCAGAGGUGGAAAAGCUGGUCCACGCUGCCACCCAGGAGAUUUGGGACAGGUGCAAACUAGGCCAGGGUACCGAGACCCUACCUUGUCACCCAGUCCCCAAGCCUUCGGAGGAGUACUUGGGAUGUGAUGCCCAGGGCCUGGAUCAGGAAGGUCAAUGUGUUCGCAGUUACAGACAGGCAGUGUAUGACUUAACAUGGGAGAUCAUCCAGGAGGUCUUUGCCGAGGAUCCUAACGCCCAUCAGCCUCAGUGGGUGAAGCCUCGACGCACAAACUCCUCCUACUUCCACCGAGUAAAGAGCACUAAAGAUAUCACAAGAGUUAAGACCUUCAUCACAACAGAGGUGUUGAGGCUGUAUGGCCUGAAGAAAGACCGCAACCAGAAAACAGACUGGCAGAAGAUGCUAAAAUUCGGGAGGAAAAAACGGGAUAGAGUGGAUCAUAUUCUGGUACAGGAGCUUCAUGAGGAAGAGUCGCAGUGGGUAAACUAUGAUGAAGAUGAGCUCUAUGUGAAAAUGCAGUUGGCUGACGGGAUCUUUGAUGCAUUGAUAAAGGACACAGCAGAAGUGCUCACACACAUUCAACAGAAGAGAUCAAAAACAGUUAUUUCCUGAUAUUUUCAAACGCUUCCACCAUUCCCUCCAAAAGCCGAUGUGCCAUUGAUUUUGAGACACCUUCAGUUCAGUGUAACCAGUACCACUGGGCUACUGCUUUGGACCUACUCAUUUUGGAUUUACUCUACUUUUUACACUGAACGUCUUCGAUCCAGCCUUUAACCAACAUGUGGUUUCUGAAUUUCUCAUGCCGGCUCUUUUCAUUUCUCGUCAAAGAUGGAAAGGACCUUUUAGCAUUAAGUUAACCAAUGCUGCUAAAUGUACACUUCUGUGAAAAGCUUGUACCUUAUGUGAUGAGGACGUGGGAAUUUUCACAAGACAACACGUCAUCAUUGAUAAGCAGGCUGGAUAUCUUAAAACAGGAGAUUCACUAAAAAGUAUGGAAGAAUCACAGAAGUAAUCCAAUUCCUUUUUUGAUUGUGUUAAACCACAUCUUUAGUUUCCAAAAUGUGAUAGUUAUAAUAUUGAAAUUAUUUGAUUAAGAAAACCAUUAUUACCAUUACUAUAAUUUGUCUGUUGUCUUGCUGUUUAGAAACAUAUAACUGUAGCAACUGAUAAAAUAUCAAAGCACAACAAGAAAAGUAAAUGUGGACAUGUGGGCAAUAUAUUGUAUAGGGAUCUUAAAAGGAAUGUUCUUGAAAAGAAAUGCAAAGAUACCUGUUUGUAUUUAAUAUUUAAACAGUUCAAUAUUGGUAAUUGAUGGGUUUAAAUACUGUCAAUUUUCACAAUUUUUGCCUAUUAACUUGCCUCUGCAAUGAAAACUGAUACCAAGAGGUUCUAUCUGGUUAAUUUAGAAACCUUUAAUUCUGUCAUGCUGGAUUCAAGCCUUAAGAUAAGCCUAUCCUGAUUCAGUUAAAGUGCCUCUUUUGUUUUAUAUUACAAAUGGCCUCGCUCAAGAGCAACAACACAACUUACAGACCUACGUUGUUGUGUCUACUCUUAUGGACCUCUUUUGAAUGUGAUCUACUGUAAUCUGUAUUCUAUAAAUACCUAAUGGACAAAUUUUGUUUCCCAACUUGGUUAAACUUCAGUCUGCCUUAUUCAGUGUCUACCUAAGCUCAUACUUAACCAGAGAACAUCGGAAGUCCCCUAUUUGAAUGUCUGUGUAUCAAUAUAUAGCAUUGUCAAUAGUUAGUACCUACUGUAGCUUAGAAACACUUGCUUCUAUGGCAUUAUGCCUCAGAGUAUCAUUGCACAUCUGACAGUACUGUAAGGAAGUGUGUUCUGUUCAAUCUGUCACGUACGCAACGGCUUUCACAUCACAGUAGCAAGGGUGAGUCAUGGAUUGAUAUGCCCCAGCAUUCAACAACUACACUCAAGGGCUUAUACUGUCUUCCAUGUUCAUUCAUUACUUCAGUCCAGGAAUACUGUAAUGUACAGAUGAGUUGAGGAUGCACAACAAUGAACAUCAGAUGUAAUGCCUGUAAGCAAAGUGCCCUUAAUGGUUGAAAUGAAGUAAGUUUUGCCUACCAAUAUGCAUUUCAGUAAAACUGUUCUUUUUACCAGGAGGAGGAAUAGAGAAACUAUCUGUUGUUAGAGCCUGGAUAUUUACCUUCGGUACACUUUUCUUCAUAUUCCAGUCCCAGCUGUGUGUCAUGUUAAAAUGGUGAUGUGCUUAGUAGCUAGGAAAUGCAUUUCUGUAAGGUGGUGCUUUUCAAAACCUCCAACUAGAAUGGCCUGGAAGAAUCUGUGUUGAUUUUUUCUGGGGGAUGUAAUGUCCCAUUCAUGACUAGUCAGUAUUUGUUGGUCGGGUACAUUGUUUUAUGUAUGGAUCAUCAUACAGGCCAGCUUUGUAUCCUUGUGGAAAGUCAUCGGAUCACAGUGUAGCUUAUAUUUUCAGAACCUCUUAUAUGAUAAUGAACUUGCCUGCAGACAGGCAAGGUCUCUAGUAGGAUUGUGUUGGCCCUAGUUUUGAGGACAGGGACACAAAUUAUACUAGGCACAAACAAUGUAAUAAUCAAGUAGACUAUAUGCAUCUGUUAAGUAAAUAACUAUUUAUGAUAAUGUACAACUGAGCAACGCAGGUGCACUUGAAGACUUGUACAUUGGUUAAUGGAGUGUAAAUAUACAAGAACAGUUUCUAUUGGAUCUGACUUACUGUUGAACUUGGAAGAUUGUUGUAAAAGUAAAUAUUGUUCACUUUGCGAAUAUGUAUAUAGUAUACAUAUAUAUUUGUUAAUUAAAUUGAACUUUGAAAUUGUAAAUAAAGCUU